AUGGAGUUGAGAGUAGGAAAUCGAUACAGACUGGGCAGAAAAAUUGGCAGUGGAUCGUUUGGAGACAUCUACCUUGGAACUGAUAUCUCUGUUGGGGAGGAGGUUGCCAUCAAAUUGGAAUGUGUGAAGACCAAACACCCUCAGCUCCACAUUGAGAGCAAAAUUUAUAAGAUGAUGCAGGGCGGAGUGGGUAUUCCAACAAUAAAGUGGUGUGGGGCAGAGGGUGACUACAAUGUGAUGGUGAUGGAGCUGCUGGGACCCAGUCUGGAGGAUCUGUUUAAUUUCUGCUCACGAAAAUUUAGCCUCAAGACAGUUCUGCUGCUAGCUGACCAGAUGAUCAGUCGCAUUGAAUACAUCCACUCAAAGAACUUCAUCCACAGAGAUGUGAAGCCAGACAACUUCCUGAUGGGUCUGGGCAAGAAGGGCAACUUGGUCUACAUCAUUGACUUUGGCUUGGCCAAGAAAUACCGUGAUGCUCGUACACAUCAGCACAUCCCCUACCGUGAGAACAAGAACUUGACUGGAACUGCACGCUACGCCUCCAUAAAUACCCAUCUGGGCAUUGAACAGUCUAGACGGGAUGACUUGGAAUCACUGGGUUAUGUCCUAAUGUACUUCAACCUGGGUUCUUUGCCGUGGCAAGGCCUCAAAGCUGCCACCAAGAGGCAGAAAUAUGAACGCAUCAGUGAAAAGAAAAUGUCAACUCCCAUCGAGAUCCUAUGCAAAGGCUAUCCAUCGGAGUUUGCCACAUACUUGAACUUCUGCCGCUCACUGCGGUUUGAUGACAAGCCUGACUACUCCUACCUUCGCCAGCUCUUCAGAAAUCUCUUCCACAGACAGGGUUUCUCUUAUGACUAUGUAUUCGACUGGAACAUGCUCAAGUUUGGUGCCAACAGAGCAGUUGAAGAUGCAGAGAGGGAGCGCCGGGAGAGGGAGGAACGGCUAAGGCACAGCAGAAACCCUGGGGCACGGGGUAUGGCCUCAGCCUCAGGAAGAGCUAGGGCUGCUCAGGAUGUUGCUGCCCCCUCACCGCUCAACCCUGCCUCACACACCGGUAUGGAGAAGGAGAGGAAGGUAAGCAUGCGUCUGCAUCGUGGUGCACCAGUCAACAUCUCCUCGUCAGAUCUGACAGGACGUCAGGACACAUCCCGCAUGUCCACCUCACAGGCUCUGUCCCGCGUCACACCCAGCGGCCUCCAGUCUGCAGCUCCACGGUGAAACUUUGGCAAACAUCCACUGCACCACGGAGGCCUCAACAAACACCACCUGCAACACAUGCACACAUAUACAGGAUUCUUAAGUGACACAGAGGACUAACAACCAAUGCACAGACUUCUGGCUGCACUCUGGCUUGACAGCUGAAGAUAUCCGUAAUGACCAGGGUGUGUGUUUGUGUGCGUGUAUGCAAUGGGUGGGUGUGGUACAGUUUGGCCUUAACCACUUGACAAAGUAGCAGCCACAGCCUCCCUUCUUCUACGGUGAAGAUCUGGACACACUCCCCCCAUGCCAGCAUCGAUGAAGCCAUGGAUUCGUGUUUCUCUGGCAUUCUUUUUUUUUUUUUUUUAGUUUGAAUUUAUUUUGUUUUCAUUCUUUAACAUUAAAAAGGAUCCUGCACCAGCUCCACUGACCUGACUUUAUAAGCUGUUGGGAUUGCAAAAUGGAGAAUGGCAAAUCUGAUGGUUGUCAAAUGGUGUAGGAUGUUAUUAAAAGGGAGAGAGAGAGAGACAUUAUUGAAAACAAGAAGGCUUGAUCUGUCGUGACAGUAUAAACGGACGGUGGCUAAUGUAUUUUAUGUCCUGGAAGACUUGUGAAUUAUCUUCUUUUAUCUUCUUAUUAAGGUAUUUUGAGUUUUACAUUCAUAGCUAUGUUCCUCUGACCCAAGUUUACUUUCUGAAAUGGACAAGACACACUUCAAUGUUAUUUUCAGAGUUGUUCCUUUAAUACUUUUUUUCUUAAAUGUAUUUGUACCAAAAAAAAAGGGUAUUUCAUUUAAAACCACACAGCUCAUCUUUUCCGUCUUCAUGUUGUAACUGCAGUGUGCUGCUGGCAAAACUGUGAAUGAAACAAAAAUUCUUGGGAGGUAGAUCUGUUAAACAAUGUAUGGAUGUGAUUUUUUUGAAGCCAUUGCAUAGUGACAUGGUUGUGGGUGUUUGUGUGUAGUUGUGUCCUAGUUACACAAAUUCAAAUUGAGAGAUGUGGAGAGAUUUAAAAAAAAAAAAAGAUUUUUUGCUUCUUAGUAUUUUAAACCCCUCUCACACAAAAAUUGUCCAUUGUGUCUCCUUUCUGAGCUUAAAUGCAGUUUUCAAGAUUCAUCUUUAAGUUUUUUAACUUUGUAAUUGGUGUUAUUUAGCACUGUUGUAGUACUGUAGUGCGGUUGUGGUUUUGACUCUAUCUCACUACCUCCAAAGACGUGGUCUUGACUGUGUGUCAACCUCUCUAAAAUCCCAAAGUUUGAUCUUGACUUUGGGGUUUUAUUUGAGUGGUUGAGACAGUCAAAACCACAAAUGGACUCGAGCUCUACAACAGUAGUUAGCAUGUAGCCAUGGAGGUAUUAGUGAUUAUAAGCAGUGUCUUAUUUUGGCAAAAUUUAUCCAAGUACUUUAAAUUGUGGAAGAGCAACUACUGUGACAAGCCAAAAUAAUCUCUCAGAAAUGUAUUGUAAGGUCGGUGACGCCUCCUGGUUCAAUGGGGUAUAAUUUUAAGAAAUGGCUGCAUCUACCUUUGGAAAAACCUGGGUAAUGAACCAUCUGCAUGAUACCAUUGGAGCUAAUUGAGAAUAGGAUUUUGGAGGGGUGAAUCAGUCAUUUAGUGCCUUGCAGCACAUUGAUGGCUUUGACUUGGGCUGAACGAAUAUAAGAAAUCCAGCUUUGUUUUUUGUCUUCAGACCAAAAUUGCUCUUUCCUUUUUGCUAAAAUAGAUUUCAGCAUACAUUAUGGUACUGCAUAAAACUUGACUGUUUAGCUCAUAAUUCUAACUUUUCAAGCAUAGUUAUGAAAUUAAUUGACCUUUUAUUUGCCCAUAUGUCAAUCAUAAGUGUCCUUAUUGCAUUUAAAAUAAAUCUGACUGUAGUUUUUGAUGUUUCCUGAUCCUGUUAGCAGUUCUGUACUUGAGCCACACAGGCUAACAUCUGCAUCAUGCGCUGACAGGAUGAGCACCUGGAAAUGAUUCAGAACUGUCAGAUGUUGCUGUUAAAAGCUAACAACCUACUGAAAGACUCAGUGGAAGGGAAGCUACAAUCUGCAAAUUAUUCAGCGAAUGCCAGUCGUUCACAUUCUGCAUGCAGCUCAUUCUUUUCAGUUAGCAAAAGUAAUGGAGAGCGGCAUUUCAUAUAAACGAUCUGGUUGAGCAAAAACGUGAACUCUGAGUGGGUAUUGCCUCUUAAAACUAAUCAGUAUCACAGGUCUUAAUUCAAAAAUUACAUCAUAAAACUGAUUAUGAAACAGUCGUUCAGCCCUAGCUUCAGCCCACUUUUCAGUAAUUUCAGUAAUUCACCAUUCCUGGGUGUGGCAGUCUUUUGGAAACUGCAGUCACUCUCUUAUUGCUCAACUGUUAUAGUCAAUGUAAAAGUUUUAUAAACAUAUGUGCAUGUUUUUUACUUUGAGAAAGUCAGCAAGGUCCAGCCAGGGAACUAACUGAUGAUGUGCAACUAUCAAGAUGGUCAUUAAAACUAGAAAAGAGGUGGUGUUUGAGAUUAUUUAAUAGCUUAUCCAUUUGAAAUAUGCUGGAAAAAUGGACUUUUCCAGCAAGAAGUCAUCUGCAUCAUGACAGUCCAACAUAGCGGCCCUGUGAUCGGUUCUAGCUCAGUGAAACCUGGUAAUCUUUAUGCUUUCUUCAGAAGAUUUGAAACGAGAUUGACUUAAAAAACCCAGUGUCAUAAAUCUGCAUUAUUGGUGUCACUGAUUCUACUUGUAAUAGUUUGAUUGGCAUUGAGGUUAUAUUCUUAAAAAUUUCUUUGGGUUAUUCAAAGGUGAAGUCAAAAACUUGAUGGCUGCAAUUGUGGUUGAGAUCAGUUCAUGAAAGUAAUUCUGCUUUCGGUCUGAUGCUGAUAUUUCGGAUAGUCUGAGUUACUGACAUAAGGGAUGUGACACCAGGAAGUAAAGAUGCAUUUGUGCUCAAACUGGAGACUAAAUGGACUUUAGGGUGUUUGUGGGGAGUUACGGUUUGAGUGCUUGAUACUGGAGCCAAGGUGGCUGUUCCAUCACAGUUCCUUGGUCCUUUAAUGAAGACGACACCCUUUGAUUAUGAUGACAUUGAAAUGAUCGCUCGGCCAACCUGACUGAUGAAUCCUGCAGGUUUUGAUGUAGAAUAUUCUCUGUGGUAGACUGCUAAAGUGUUGUAGACGUUUUCUGUAGUUGGAACGGGGUUGUAGCAGUAAUUUGUACGUUGUUGUGUGUGUGUGUGUAUAAAUAUAGGGUGUACUCUGCCACGUCCACGUGAGCUGCUGUAUGGUUCAGGGCAGGGAUUGACCAUAUAGAGUGGAGGUCUCCGACCGUGCUCCAUGUCUUCCAUGUUUGCUGGCUAUAUGCACAGCUGGUUAGUCAGCGCUGGUGUUUCCCAGCUGUUGAUUGGCUGAGAAGACCUGACUGGGUUAAGUAGCUGUGGGUUGAGCAGGAAGUGAACGAUGUGGGGCGGGUGCUCUCUGGGAGCAGGGUGGGAGACUCCUGAAGUGGAGGGACUGGGAAUGCUUCACUCUCCAUUGUAGUUCCUGCUAAGUUUGGUCUGUAUUCUUCUUCACUAGGUGGGGGGGUUAAAUUUGUUGGUCUCGCUCAUGACUUAAUUUUCCGAUGUCACAUUUGCAUGUUUUUUUGUUUGUUUUUUUUGUCAUCACCUCCUGGCUUGGUUUUAAUUGAGUCGUGGAGGUGGUCACUGAUAUCCCACAGUGGAUCCCUAAAUGUAGAUUUAUGGGAAAUCACUUCCCACUUCAAGAUUUUUGCUCCUCAUUUUUAUUGCCACUGUAUUUGUGUAUUUUAACGUUGUGUAAAUAAAUUAUUAAGUACUUGUA